AUGGCCGCCAUCAACUGCCCGAGAUGCAACGGCUACUCUUCUCCCAGUCAGGCGCUCCUCGUUGAGCACUUGCACACCCACAUCAGACCGUUCAGAUGCGCCAACUGCCCCCACGACGAGGCCAGAGCCGAUCGUCUCCGCACGCAUACCCGCAGCGCCCAUGGCCGCAACAACCUCCUGCCCGGCGAGGCACCUCCUGCCAACUUCAGGGCCUUGGUGAGGGUGGAGGCUGCCGGUGGGCCUUUUGUGAACCUGCCCCCUCGCCCCGUCGCACCCGCCGCCAAUCCUCCUCCUGCUGGCCCUCUGGUCGCAAUUCUCCCGGCCCCGGUGGUCGUGGCCGCACCUGCACCUCCGCCUGCUAUGGCUCCUCCUCCGGUCAUCAUGGCCGCACCUCCUGCUCAGCAGCAGCAGCAGCAACAACCUCUCCCGCCCCCUCCCUUCGCCAACCCCCUCCCACCUCCCCCUUGGCACUACGCCAACUGGCCUAACUGGCCUCCUCAUUUCCCGCAGUGA